AUGGAAACUACCAAACUGAGUGCGGGUUUGAGCCCCAAGGAGGCCCAUAAUCUGGACUCCCCAGAUUUGGAGAAUGCAUUCCUUUCCGCCAUCGGUUUUGCGCGUCCUGCAAAAAGCAGCAUCGAGCUGCAAAAUGUGCCCACUACCACGCGGCCCACGCCUCAACCCCCGAAAGCUCAGAACCCACCCCAGCCCACAGCGGUCCGCACCCGACAGGCACGGAUGAUAAACGCACCUGAACUGACGAACACUUACUGGGAUGCUCAGCGCAUUACAAAGGGCAUUGUCGACCUAUCGAUGUAUCCCGUAACUGGAACUCGGGUAAUCUGGUCCAAAGCGGCCCAGUGGCCCGACCUAAGGUCUCUUGAUCUCGAGUCUUGGGAACAGCCUGACGAGCCCAUGCCGACCUAUAGUGCUCCAGUUCAUCAGUCAUUUUUGCCAGCUAACCCCAAUCCCAGGUACAGAGCGCCGGAGGCACGAGAGAACAGCUACCCUCCCAAAUCGCCUUCGCUUUCCAGCGGAACUGAUACGAGCGAGAUGAGUCGCUCACGCGGAGGUGGUCACCGAGGACGUGGCCGGCGUGGAGGUGGCCGCAAGGAGGAAGACGUGCGCACGACUGAUGGGGAAAGAGAUGUGAUACGCCCUCCUCGCCUCGACCAAAUGGACCUCGACCUGCGUCAAUAUCGGCUGCCACGCCCAAACAAGAACUACGCUGGAUCGUCGUACAGCCUUCCGUCCUUGGGAUCUGGAUUCAAUGUGAGCGACACCGGUGUUGACACACGGGCCGCUGAAGGCACAGAUACGGACGUUAGGAACACCAUCGGCCUGCCGCAUAGAAUCUACGCCUCAGGAAACUCCUGGACCGUGUAUGGCCUCCGGAACGAGAGUGGUCGAAACGAGGAGGAGAUCUUUACGGAAAAGUCCUAUCUCGAGUCGUUCAUUGGCGCCUGGCAGGCACGAAUUCCUCAGGGCCCGGUGGUUACCUUUGAUAAGAGUGACACCCAUUGGAGGUGUGACAUCGACACGCUCACAGGGAAUCUCCGAGAGCCCAUCAGCCACCCGGAUUCUACUGUUGGCAUCAGGCCGCAGAAUCCACAGGAAGAGUGGCGGCGCCAAAUCUGGAGCACCGCCCUCUCCAUCAAAAAGUACAACGAGCAAAGGAGCGGCCGCCCUGGUGGGGACAGGCGCCGCAACACCCCUAUGGUACUGGAGUUUGAGGGUCCAGCAACCAUCAACGAGAACUUGCCCGUUGUGGUCCACGAGCCGGUAAUUGAGAGGCCCGAAUUCCACCGUUUUGUCCCACGGAUUCCCUCGUUCCUCCGUCCAGCCGAGAAGUAUGACAUGGAGGCGGUGCGGGCUAUUUACAAUUGGGAGGUGGAACACGGCAUCCAAGCUCUCGACUCUCAACCUGUCACGGUCGAAGAGUUUGAGAAGAUCCUCGCCACCACGCAGCAACUCGGCCUGCCAUUCCUCGUCGCCGUUCGCGGUUCGGCCAGGAACUUGGGCAUGACCAACUGCAAUACCUCAUUCUCGGUCUUCAAACAGGUGCCGUUUAAUGGAGAAAAGCGUGGUGAGAUCCUUGGCUUUGCCUUCCUGUCUGUUUGGCAGCCCGGCCUUGGAGGCACCGCCCUCGGUAGCAGUAGAGCCACGGGCAAGAUCAACGUCUUCGUCCAUCCCGAGUACAAGCGCAAAAAGAUUGGCUUUUCACUUCUCGACAUGCUCUUGACGACCGUCUCGGACUGCUUCUCGUCCGAGGCCGCGUACGAUUUCAUCGAUGCUGACAACAGCCCCGUCUACAAGAAGACUCGCGACCGCAAGCGGCACUUCAAAGUGUAUUUGAGCUAUCGCAUCCCGCAUAAGAGUGGCUGGGACGAGAAGGCGGCGAACCCUGAUGACCUGGUCUGGGUUAAGAAACUGGUUCAAGACAACCUCAACUUUACAGAGCUCGUGCGCUUUGAGGCGGUCCAUCGCACGCCCAAGGGCCGGAAAGACCCGGUUUGCUGGCUGGACGAGGUCGUCUUUGAGCACACUUGCGCUUUUGGCCCGGGUGCCGUCGAUCCCGAUUAUUAG